AUGAUCAAGGAGAACGAGAUGGAGAAACUAUCCGGAGUAAAAAGAGAAGAGAAAAUGAGAGUUUCAGACGAGGGGUUAAAGAGAGAAAACGAGAUGGAGAAGGGGCAAUGUUCUUCUCAGGAACAGCCAUCCCUCCAGAGGAAUGCUGGAGGAUGGAAAACCAUGCCUUACAUCAUUGGAAAUGAGACGUGUGAGAAAUUAGCUUCGAUGAGCUUGAUUGCAAAUAUAACGGUGUUUCUUCGUAGCAAAUACAAUUUGGAUGGCCUAUAUCUGGUGAAUGUGGUGAGCAUUUGGUUUGGGACCUGUAACUUUGCACCCUUGGCUGGUGCUUUCGUCUCCGAUUCCUAUUUUGGCAAGUUCUGGACUUUGCUCUUGGGUUCCUUUUCUUCGUUUCUGGGUAUGGGGAUUUUGACCUUGGCUGCUGGAAUAAAGCACCUCAGACCACCGCCCUGUAAUGAAAGAACCGGUGAUUGCACCAAAGCUCAGCCAUGGCAACUGGGUAUCCUAUUUUUUGCUCUGGGAUUGCUAGCAGUGGGCGCCGGAGGCAUUAGACCAUGCAACAUAGCGUUCGGUGUUGAUCAGUUUGAUGUCACGACAAGCCAGGGGAGAAGAGAGCUUGAAAGCUUCUACGAUUGGUACUACCUGUCCUUCACAAUCGCUCUGUUCGUGGCCUUCACAGUUGUGGUCUAUAUCCAGACAAAUGUCAGUUGGGUUAUAGGCCUCGCCAUUCCGACCGGCUUCCUUGCCAUCUCCAUCUUGGUUUUCUUAGCUGGUGCACACAUUUAUAACUACGUGAAACCACAAGGAAGCGUCUACACCGAUCUUGUGAAGGUGGUUGUGGCUGCCUACCGGAAGAGAAGAUUCAGUGUCGGGUCACUCGGGCAGUACAGCCUUUAUGAUCCUAUCUCAGACGAUGAGUCCGAGACUCCAAUGACCAGGCUCCCUCAUACAGAGCGAUAUCUGUGCCUCGACAAGGCAGCAGUUAUCAUAGACGCGUCUGAAUUGAACAGCCAAGGAAAAUCAAGAUGUGGUUGGAAGCUCUGCAGCGUACAACAAGUGGAAGGGUUGAAACGUUUACUGGGUAUCUUUCCUGUUUGGUUUUCGGGAAUCACUUGCUUCAUUGUAAUGGACCAACAGAACACAUUUGGGAUCCUUCAAGCAAUGCAAUUGAAUCGGAAAAUCACACCUAAGUUGGAGAUUCCUGCAGGUUUAAUGGGGGUGACAUCAAUGCUUGCGCUCUCUGUAUGGAUAACCUUCUAUGAGCAACUUUUGAUUCCCGUCUCACGGAUAAUGGCCAAUAAAGAAGUAAGGAUAUCUCUGCGGCAAAAAAUGAGAACCGGCAUUGUGAUGUCAAUCCUGUGCAUGCUGGUCGCCGGGGUUACAGAGCACAAGAGACGGGAGGUGGCCUUGAGGUAUAGGUCCUUUGUGGCGCCCAUGUCCCUCGCAUGGCUAUUGCCGCAGUUCAUCUUAUCGGGCCUCACAGAAGCCUUCUCUGCAAUCGCAGUUAUGGAAUUCUUAAACAAGAAGUUGCCGCAGAGCAUGAGGACUGUUGCAGGUUCAAUCUUCUUUCUCUCCAUAUCCAGUGCGAGCUACCUAAGCUCGGUUAUAGUCAACAUUGUCCACCAUGCAACCAAGAAGAAUGAUGGAUCUGCAUGGCUGGGUGGUCACGAUCUCAACAGGAACAAGCUCGACUACUAUUACUACAUCAUUGCAGCACUGGGAGUAGUAAAUUUCAUCUAUUUCACUGCCUUUGCUAGCCGUGACCUGCCCAGUGGAAGUUCGGUGGGGGAUGAAGAAGCAGAGGAAGUCCAAUAGAGAUCGCCAUGUGCAAUUUGUUGCGGCACCAUGCAAAUUAAACAACUCCGUUUGCCUGACAGGAGCUCUAGGAAGAAGGAAGAGGCUUACAACUGCAUCUGUUUGACAGGAGCUCUAGGACUAGGAAGAAGGCAGGCUUACAACUGACUAAUGCGGUUCAUCAGAGAUUAUAUGAGAACGAGUCUAAUCGAAUUUG